GCGUUCCUCACCAUGGCAACUAAUUUAAACACCCACGAGGUUGUUUCAGCUGUUUAACUACAUGUCGUCCGCUCGAGCUGACGUACUGAGUUUUGUUUGGAGUUUUCCCAGAAAGCUGUAAGUAUUUAACUCCAGCAUGAGCUGUGAUUACUACGAGACGCUUGAAAUAAACAGAAGCGCAACAGAUUCAGAUAUCAAAAAGGCAUAUCGACGUCUUGCUCUGAAGUUUCACCCGAGCAGAAACGGAGAAGCUGGAAGUAGCGAGAUAUUCGUCCAGCUGGGUGAAGCCUAUGAUGUUCUCAGCGACCUAUAUGAUACAGCAAACACUCAGCCGAUGGCCCCCUCCAGGACAAUGUCAAGGCUAAACAGAAUUGCCAGGUGGAACAAAAAGCACAGAAAGAACUUAAAGCUAGUAAAAUUUGCUGUUCAUAGAUGCUCUUCAUCCAUUCUAGCUAGAAAAAAGGCAACCUAUGAUAAAUUUGGUGAGGAGGGACUCAAAGGUGGUAUCCCUGCGGAAAUUGCCAGUGGGGGAGCUUGGUCAUCCAAAUACAUCUACCAUGGCAAUUCUGACAAAACUUUCAGACAGUUCUUUGGAUGUGACAACCCAUUUGCAGACUUUCUUACAAUUGAAUCACCGCUUGAGUUCAGCUGCCUACAGCCAGGAGUGAAAAGGACACAAGAUUCUCCAAUCGAGAGAGAUCUUCAUUUGUCCUUGGAUGAUCUCUUCCAUGGAUGCAUAAAAAAGAUUAAGAUAUCUCGCAGGGUUAUGAAUGAGGACGGACCCACUUCUAGUAUCAAGGACAAGAUUCUGACUAUAGAAGUAAAGCCUGGAUGGAAGGAAGGCACCAGAAUCAUUUUCUCUAAAGAGGGAGAUCAGGGACCAAACUCCAUCCCUGCAGAUAUUGUGUUUCUGGUGCGGGAGAAGCCUCAUCAUCUGUUCAUAAGACAACACAAUGACCUCAUCUACAAGGCCAAGAUCUCUCUGGAGAUGGCACUGACUGGCUUCUCUUUGGAUGUCCAGACACUAGAUGGCAGGCUACUCACCAUUCCUGUCAAUGACAUUGUGGACCCUUCGUACAAGAAAAUGCUGAAUGGAGAGGGAAUGCCGCUGCCACAGGAUCCUUCCCAGAGAGGAGACCUCAUCAUUGCCUUUGACAUCGAAUUUCCAGAGAAGCUCUGCGCUGAAAGCAAGAAUCUGAUAAAACAAGCUCUAAGUUUCAAAUAUUGACAGCAGGUUCAUUAUAUGUGUUGGAUUUCAUUAAGUAAGAGCUGACAUAUACAGUGAAUGAUAGGUAAAUGUAAGGCAGCUUUGCUGAAAUAGCAGCCCUCAGGUUCACUUCAGUGAUUAUAAUAAAGUUGUGCAGCUGUGAUUUGCUGCCAUCAAAGCUC